AUGGCGGCCUCAUCGCCGCUCACAGAUCUCGACGGCACAUCGACGCCGGCCUCUUUCCACACAGCCGCCAACUCCCCCAUCGCUGCCGAUACCACCAACAUCACAAGUCCCGACCACGAAAAUGACCAAAAGCCCGGGUACUACAAGUGCAAAGAGAUUCCCCAUGUCCUGAAACAGUCCUGCCAGAUCCAUCUCGAAGAGCAAAUGUACCUCCCCGCAAUCGAACUACUCGGAAGUCUUCUCAGCGAUGCCGGUGAAAGGCAGCAAACAGACAAACCCGUCCGAGUACCUCCUCCUGCCCAGAUUGCUCUGCUCGGCACCCUGACCAUCCACCCUGCAUACACAUCCCGGGCCCCCGAGCAGACCAACCUCGACAUCGCUGCCGAAUCGCGCGAAUACCUCCGUACCCUCCUCAACAAGGUUGGACCCAUAAAUGCCGACUUCCGCUCCGCAUUUUCGUUUAGACAAGGGCAAAGCAGUGGCAGAUGGGCCCGCAGAAACUCGCGAGAAUUCAACAGCCCUGGCGAAAGUGACGGCGGCGGCAGUAUCGGCAGUUUUAGCGAGGCGGAUAACAUUGAGAGCAAGUGGUCUGGAAAUGACCACAGUAUAUGGAGAAGAUCAUCGGAUUUCUGGUCCGUCUUGGGCUGGGCGUUCCGAUGCAGCACUACACAUGCGCAUCGUUGGGUACACUGGAAGGCAUGGCUGGAUUUCAUGAUUGAGUGCCUUGAGAAGGACUGGGAUGAGCGGCUUGCGCAGGAUCAGGCCAACUUCCAAACAGAAAUCAACAAUAGCAGCGACAGCGAGUCCCAUGCUCAGUGCCAGUACCCUUUGCUGAAGCAAAGUCUGUUUGUCCAAUACGUGGAUGACCUACGACGGGAUAGGAAGAGGGUACUCCAUGAAGUUAUUCGCGCAUUGUUAGCGUUUGCCGAUGACGAAAACUCCGCGGACAAUACCUACUACAGAGAGGUGUUCAACAAGGAGACAGUCCUCCACACAGACAAAAGCAACAAGCGGAAACACUCGCAAAUGACCGCCGUCGACUUGGAAAACGACCAGUUCGGCGAUUACCUCGAAGACUGGGACGACCCGGUCACCGACGACGACGAUAACAAAGCAAACGCAUUCCACACCCCUCACCAUCCAUCCGGCCGAACAGGCCGACGAACGAAAGGCCGACCAAAAUCUACCCCUUUCUCCAAACCCGGCAAGGCCUUUGACGUCUCCCCCGCAUCGACGCCCAACCCCCUGCGCGUAACCGACGGCCUAGCGGACUCGAUACCUCUCCGAUUGCGUCUCUUCCGCCUCAUCUCGGGCUGCGCCUACUAUCUCCCACACGACGUUCUGUGCAAGACCCAUGAGCUCUACGAUCUCUUUACAUUGCGCCUCAAAUCCCUGCCCCUCGCCAGUUUCGAGCUCUUUCUCUCCCUCGAUCACAUCGACUUCGCCCUCCCACGCUUCAUCUACGUCUCCCUCCUGCGCUAUGUGGCUCAGUCGUUCACACCCCGCAACGCUCCGCAGCCUGAAAACGCCGACCCGGAAGCCGAAGCCGACCACGCCAUCAGCCAGACGAUACUUAGAGAGUGUUUUCUGCCGUUUCCGGCCAAGACGGUCACCGUGGAGGAUAAUGCCAAGUUUAGCCUGGUGCUGGAGAGCAUGGCGUGGUGUCUAUUUCAGUCCGGGAGUGUUGAUUAUUCUGAUGAACUAAAGUGGGCGGUGGAGAAGGGGAUUGAGGAACGGGAGAAGAAGAUCAAGAAGGCGGGUGGGAGGGGAGGAGGAGGAGCAGCUAUGACGGCUGCGGAGAAGAUGGGGAGGCAGGUAUUGGAGAGGAGUGCGGCGUCAUUGAGGACGUUUGUCGACGCAGUUGAGACUUUGAGUUUUGCGGAGGAUAGGGUAAUGGGUACUGGGGAUGAGAUGGAUGAGGAUUCUAUCCUGGUGGGCAGCCCUUAG